AUGUCCGACGAUACAUCUACCGCACAAGAUGCGACCAGCACAAAGGCUUCAAUUCCCAAGCGCAAACCAGUCCCAGUCCCAGCCCCAGUCCCAGUCACAUCUGCGACCGCUGAUGCCGAAGCGGCGCAAGCGACAGCAACACCGCAACUGACCGACACAAAAGAGGUUGUCGGAGAUCAAAAGCAAAAAUGGCCCUUCGUCGCACCAGUAAUAGCCUGGUGGACGUCUCAAAAACGAUCGCGAAAACUCCUUGUCAUCGGCGCUAUCGUUGCUACCGUCCUAAUCGCGUUAAUAAUCGGCCUCGCCGUUGGACUCACAGUCGGUAAAAACAAAAAAUCCAACCUUCCCUUACCGACCUCCAACGGGGGCCCAUACUCCGGAGACCUGACAUACUAUGACCCUGGCCUUGGGGCGUGCGGUGAUACCAAUACAGAGUCUGAAAUGAUCUGCGCAGUCUCACAUAUCAUUUUCGAUGCGGCUUCGACGAGCUCAAAUCCCAACGACAAUCCCCUAUGUGGACUGAAGAUUCGGAUUCGCCGUGACGGGGCGAGCGUGGAUGUUAAAGUCGUGGACCGGUGCGUUGGGUGUGCGGAGACAGAUCUUGACGUUACUGAGGCGGCUUUUGAGAAAGUCGCUAGCAUCCCGUUGGGGAGAGUAACGAUGGAAUGGGCGUGGCUAGAAACAUCCCCCGUUGACGCUUAA